GAGGCUGCGUAAAUGCAGUUCUAGUUGCUAGAAACGGCAACAUCAGCCAGACGUCUGGUCUUGUAACAGUUAGGCUAUACAUUUGAAACUAUGUUCUAGGUGGGUCGGGAGCAGCUACUUUCGAGUAGAAGUGGAGGGAGAUCCAGAGUGCAAUGGAGAGAUAGUCAGAAGAACAAUGUCCGCGGAAGUGGAUGAAAGAAUACCCGAGGAGAAGAAUGCCAUGGCCCUGGAGGAUGUGGUUGAAGACCAGCCGUCUUCAGGCGUGGAAUGUGGCAUUAACAGACCCACCCCACAACGGUUUCGGGGAGCUUUUCCCACUCUUCUUGUUAUAAUCGCCGUACCUCUUAUUGCUGUUGGUUAUAAAUAUUAUCAGGACCAGCAGCUCCGACAGCGUCAUGAACUGGGAUUGAAAGUACUAGGAGCCGACGGCCUCUUUAUCUUCAAUUCAUUGGACACCGACCAUGAUUUGUAUCUCAGUCCAGAGGAAUUCAAACCCAUAGCCGAAAAGCUCACAGGGAUUGCCCCGCCAUCUGAUUAUGAGGAGGAGGAUGUGCCCAGUGAUCCUGAUGCAGAGACCAUUACGCUGCAAGCUAAAAUACAGCCCUUGGUGAUGGACUCCAUGACCAAGAGCAAAGAUGGCUUCUUAGGGGUGACUCACAGAUCACUGAGCGGGCUCCGUUCAUGGCUGGCCCCUGCUGUCCCCUCCAGCACAUUCUCAGUCAACCAGUUCAGAGUUUUCUUGCCGCCCAAAAACAAGGAGGCCGUGGGUGACACGUGGUGGAUCAUUCCAAGUGACCUGAACAUCUUCACUGGGUAUCUGCCAAACAACCGUUACAUGCCUCCUCCACCUCGUGGCAAAGAGGUGUUCAUCCACUCUCUCCUGAGUAUGUUCCAUCCGCGGCCUUUUGUGAAGUCCCGCUUUGCUCCACAGGGUGUUGUGGCCUGCAUUAGGGCCGUAAGCGACUUCUACUUUGACAUUACAUUCAGAAUUCAUGCAGAGUUCCAGCUGAACGAAGUCCCAGACUUCCCUUUCUGGUUCACACCAGGACAGUUCACUGGCAACAUUAUUCUUGCCCGAGAUUCUUCCCAUGUCCGUGAAUUCCAUCUUUAUGUUCCGAAUGACCGGUCGCUUAAUGUGGAUAUGGAGUGGUUGUAUGGAGCCAGUGAGAGCAGUAACAUGGAAGUGGAUAUCGGAUACCUACCACAGAUGGAACUCCAAGCAACAGGGCCAUCAAUUCCCACUGUCAUUCAAGAUGAGAAUGGCAAUGUGAUUGACAGUCGCCAAGAGGGAAGUGAGCCUAUUCAGUUUGUCUUUGAGGAGAUUCACUGGACAUCAGAAAUCAGCCAGGAGGAGGCUACACAAAACGUUGAGGUCACCUUCUACCCUUUCAAGAAGGUUUCGUACUUGCCUUUCAUGGAGGCCUUCAGCAAAGCCCAGGCAGAGAAGAAGCUGGUCCACUCUAUUCUUCUCUGGGGGGCUUUGGACGAUCAAUCCUGCUGAGGUUCGGGGCGAACUCUCCGGGAGACAGUCCUGGAAAGUUCGCCCGUAUUGGCCCUGCUCAACCAGAGCUUUGUCAGCAGCUGGUCGCUAGUCAAGGAGCUGGAGGACCUGCAAGCUGAUGAGAGUAAUCCGGUUGUGAGUCAGCAGGCCCGAUUACACUUGGAGAAGUAUAACUUCCCAGUGGAGAUGAUGGUGGCAUUGCCCAACGGUACAGUGGUCCAUCAUAUAAAUGCCAACAACUUUCUGGAUCAGACAUCUAUGAAGCCAGAAGAAGAUGAAUCUCCGUUUGGCUUCUCUGCUGGAUUUGAAGAUCCUUCAACCUCUACGUACAUUCGCUUCCUUCAAGAAGGACUGGAGAAAGCAAAACAGUAUCUGGAAUCUUAAAACUGUGCCAUACAGACCAUGUCUACGGGAGAGGGGAAGAAAAGGGGGUUGAGGAAAGGAACACGAAAUCACAAGUGACUUAAUUACAGGAAGACUGGCCUCUUAUCUGAAGGCACGGAAGUACUAAAUCAAAGAUAAGGCUCAAAGAAUGCUCUGAAACUUCAGAGUUAAGGUCUGUCACACUUCUGCCUGAGAAAACCUUUUGCCUGUGAACAGUACAGAGGCUGUCAGUAGAAAUGGGUUGGAGAGGGGAUGUUUUUAUAUCCAGCCAUUAAAUGUAUGGCGAAGUUAAACUUUAGGAAUCACAUUUUAUAGACCAGUCAAACAACUAUGCAGUACUUAACUCUAAUCCCUGGACAUGGACAAUAUCUCUUGCUCAAAAUAAUUUGUGCUUUCUGCUAUUUAUGGGGGGGUUGGGGUAUGGGGGUUCCUCUAGGUAAAAGGCAACUAAUGCAAGCAACCAGUACUAUUAUUUGUAGUCUUAAUAGUUGUGCAGUAUUUGAAGGUACAUUUUGUGGCAUGUGUACAUGGUAGUGUCUAGACAAAACUGGUGCAGGGGAGAGUGGCUGCUUCCUGAGCUUGGACUGUUUGUGACGGCUUGGCCCGAAAGCCCCAAGUGGGUGGGGCCUGGCCUGAUGUCUUUGUUGAAGCUGAAGGAGGUGGCCGUCUCCCUUGGUCCCGAGAGUCAUCCGGCAGUAUAGGAGAGCAAUGCAAAUUCUUGUUGUCCAACACACUCCAUAGGGGGCAGCUUUUCAACCAUGCCAGUCCAUAUGACAUUUUCUAUAAUAAAAGGACAAGCUUAAGGCUAAACUUAAACCAAAGAUGAAUAAUACAGUGAGAUACUUAAAAAAAAGAAAAAAAAAAAGAUGUAACAACUGUUUUUUUUUUAAAGUUAUACAUGUGUACGUCUUAUGCCAAGUCUGCUUUUGGAAAGGAAUGUACAUUCAUGUUACCUUUUUAUGACAUCUGGUUUCACAAUUGCCAGACAAAUCUUUGGACAAACAUUUGCUGCCAAGUGUUUCUUGGAUGUGUUUUCUGUCUGAAUUAUGUUGUGUGGGCGCAAGAACAAAACUGUGGUGUUUCUCCCACACAAAGAGAGGCCCACGAACAUGAAAAAAUGUGCCCUGAAUAAAUGUUGACGUUUUCAAA